CAUCGGCAGACAUCAAGGAGAUCGCAUUUCGUUAGCAAGAAACAUGUUCGAUUCAGUGCCAAUCAUGCGGUGUCUAUUCAUGCUCCAGAUUCUAAUCGCUGUGGUGCAGCCCAACUUCGAAGCUCGGCAACGGCUAUUUAACGUCAGAGGGGCGUACACCCUACAAGAGCACUUACACAACCACGAGAUCGUAAUACCACGGAAAGUGAAUCACCGAGGAGAUUUUAUCUCGGAAAAUGUUACGCAUCAUCAUCACGAAGACGGACCAAUCGUUCAUUAUCGAAUGGCUGUGGCCGGUAACGAGUACCACCUCGAGCUGACGGCAGUCGACAACUUCAUCGGCCGCGCGAUGGUUGUGGAAAGACGGAAGCGGGAUCUGCACGUCCGCAGUUCGGCGAAAAGUCAUGGUAGCAAAUGUCAUUAUCGAGGAUUCAUUAAGGGCCAUCGGAAUUCCCGCGUCGCUCUAUCCGCCUGCGACGGUCUGGCAGGUAUGCUGCACGGCGAUCACGGCGAGUUCUGGCUGGAACCAGUCGCCGUGUCCCUGGAAGAAAAACGUGGCACGUCGUUGGCCGACGAAACGACGAGCGGCGACUUAGGCGCCGGUGCCCGAACAUCGGUCUACGGAGGCCCGACAGCCGGCCGACCCCAUCUCGUCUUCCGGCGCUCGGCCGAGCAGCAGCAACAGCAGCUCGAGAUCGGAAAAAAAACCGGCCGUACCAAGCGACGACGCAAAAAGAAGAGGAAGCAGGAGAGAAACUGCGGCACCCGCGAAACGCGGCUCGAAUGGCAAACUCAACCAGGCCUUGUCCAAGUUCAAGGCCGUGGGCGAAGGAAACAUUAUCAAGCGAAGCGGUGGCAUCGUUCCAAAAGAUCGAUCAGUACACCUCGUCAUGUCGAGGCUCUUGUCGUUGCUGACACGACGAUGAUGGCUUUUCACCAGGAUGGCGAUGUGGAGACCUAUCUCCUAACCAUUAUGAACAUGGUGUCCGCGCUUUACCUCGAUCCAACCAUCGGCAAUUUCAUCAACAUUGUGGUGGUUAGAAUUAUUCUCCUCGAAGAAGAAGACGCGGAGCAAAGACUGGACAUCACGGUGAACGCGGAUAAGACGCUAUACAAUUUCUGUAAAUGGCAGCAGAAGCUAAAUCCGAGCAAUGAUUCGCAUCCGAAUCACCACGACGUGGCGAUCCUGGUGACGAGAGAGGACAUUUGUUCGCGUGCGAAUACUCCUUGCAGUACAUUAGGAGUGGCUCACGUCGCUGGCAUGUGUCAACCGGAUCGCAGCUGCAGCGUCAACGAGGACAAUGGGAUCACAUUGGCGCAUACAAUCACACACGAAUUGGGGCAUAACUUUGGAAUGUACCAUGACACGGAAAAAAUUGGCUGCAGUAAACGCGAAGGCGACACUCUGCAUGUGAUGACGCCAACCUUUGAAGUGGAUGCUGUUGGAGUGGCAUGGUCUAGAUGCUCUAGAAGAGACAUCACAAAUUUUUUGGACCAAGGAAAAGGCGAUUGUUUGGAAGAUGAACCGGCGGAUAACGAUUACGCAUAUCCGGAUUUGCCACCCGGUGCAAUGUAUAAUGCUGAGCACCAAUGCAGACUCCAGUUUGGCGUGAGAGAAGCUUUUGUCUGCUCCCCUUUACAGGAAAUCUGUUCGAAACUAUGGUGCAUCGUGGACGGCUCCUGCACUACUAUGCUACAUCCAGCAGCUCCAGGAACACAUUGUGGAAAACACAUGUGGUGUCAAAAUCAAGAAUGCGUGCCCAUCGUCGAUCGACCGCGGCAAAUCGAUGGCGGUUGGGGUGAGUGGGGGUCAUGGAGCGAGUGCUCGAGAACUUGCGGCGCCGGGGUCUCGAUUGUCGAGAGGAAGUGCGAUCAUCCGGAACCCGCACACGGCGGAAAGUUCUGCAUAGGUGAGAGACGCCGCUAUAAAAUCUGCAACAUGCAACCUUGUCCGGAAGGCACGCCGAGUUUCCGCGCUGUGCAAUGCAGCAACUACGACGACAAAGAGUACAAGGGAAAGAACUAUACUUGGCUGCCAUAUUUUGAUCAAACGGAACCUUGCGAGCUUUAUUGCACCGAUACAGAUGAAAGCGUAAUCGUACCUUGGGGAGAGGCUGCUCUCGAUGGUACUCCAUGCAACGUUGGUACCAGGGACAUGUGCAUCGCUGGCAUAUGCAGGGUCAGUGUUCUUCAAAAGAAUUACAUCUGCAACAGAAUUUUAGAAAAAGUCGGUUGUGAUUGGAUGGUGGAUUCCGAUGCUACGGAAGAUCGCUGCGGUAUUUGUCACGGUGACGGUACUCAAUGCGAAACUACUAAUGGCGUUUACGAUAAAAACGAAGGUCCCGGAUAUAAGGAAGUUAUUAUCAUACCUUCCGGCUCUCGAAAUAUUAAAAUCGAGGAGGUCGGGAAUAGUAAGAAUUAUAUUGGCAUCGGCGUACCGAAUUCUGACAAGUAUUUCCUGAAUGGAAAACGGCAGAUCACUUUAGCGGGCGAGUAUGAAGUCGCCGGGACGCCAGCUCUCUAUGAACGUGAUCGAGAUAGAGAGAAGAUCAGAAUCCCAGGACCUAUUAAAGAAGACAUUGCGGUCUAUUUAAUUUACAGAGGUCAAUAUCGCAAUUUCGGAUUACGUUAUGAAUAUACCGUACCGAAAAAAGAGCCUGAUCGCGCCCCGGAAUAUUCGUGGCUAUUCUCCGACUGGACCCUCUGCACAGUCACUUGCGGUGGCGGCACUCAAACUUCGUAUGCGGUCUGUCACGAAAGAAAAAGCGGCAUCGUCGAGGACCUCUUCUGCGACGGUAUAGAAAAGCCAGAGCAAAAGUCGCGUGAAUGCAAUUCGAAUCCAUGCCCUGCGAGAUGGUGGGUAGGUCCAUGGCAAAUGUGCCCUGUCACAUGUGGUGAUGGCGCACUACGUAAGAGAUCGGUGAUGUGUGUAUUCUCUGGCACGGGUACUGAUCGAUCAGACCUGGCUUUGCCCGAUCGCGACUGCGACAAGCAUAUGCGGCCCGAAGAAAUGGAGCUAUGCCCCGAUCUACCGCCGUGUGGGCCUACUUCGGAGGUACCAUUGAUCGUGUAUGCUGACAACAAGGACAUGUCAUUCUACAACAUCAGCUUGAACGAGCAGGACGGUAUCACGAUAGUCGAUGGCCUCACCACCGAGGAGCCAGAGAUCCUCGAGUUCGACAAUGUUGUUGACGAGAACCCAGACAAUUCCAUGUACAACACCAAGUCAAAGUGGACAGUAUCGAAGUGGAGCCAUUGUUCGAAUGGCAAGAGGAGUAGAAAGGUCACCUGCUCCGUUCCAGGCGAUUGUAAUCCGAAUAAUAAGCCACCCAGUAUUGAGGACUGCUACAGUGGAAAAUGGAUUACCGGAAAUUGGGGAAGUUGCAACGCGACUUGCCUCGUGAAGUCUGGAGUUAAACACAGAGAAGUACAGUGUCGUGAUCGCGCGUCGGACUUGAUGUCAAACGAUUGCAAUCUCGACAGAAGACCAUUUGAUAUAAAGCGUUGUUAUUACCGACGGCAAUGCGCCAACGAGAAAAAUGAUUGCAAGGAUAGCGUGGUUCCAUCGUGUGCAAACUACAGGCGCAUGUGUGAUGUAUCAUCGAUCGUACGAGAAAAGUGUUGCGCCACGUGCACAAAACGACGGCGACACGUUCGUCACAACAGACGGCACAUCUUUACCGAAUAAUGAAAUAAAGGAUUAACAAGCUGAGAGUGCAAAAGUAUUUUGAAAAUAAAUCCUUUCAGCGGACAACACAUCCGUCCUAUUUCUCCACAUUAUCUGAAUUAAGAUAAAAGCAAAAUAGUGAAAAACUUUAUGCUUGUUUCGUACGUGAUAACAAAAAGAUGGAAAAACGUAUAACAGAGGUGAUAUUACGAGAUUAUAUUUGUAUAACUUUGUACUACCGCGUUUAUAUAUAUA